UUCUGCCUGGUUGUUAAUGCAGCGGGACGCGUGUUUGCUGUAACCAUCGACGACAGCCAACUGGUUAGCGACCUACACGACGUGAUCAAGGAGCGGAAGAUGUACCAGUUCCCUGCGGACGAUCUGCAGCUCUUCCUGGCGAAGCGAGACGACGGCAAGUGGCUGAGUCUGGAUGAGGCGGCAGCUGUGGCGCUCGAUGAGGAGGGGCGUCUGCAGGGCUUCGAGCCAAUGAAUCCUGGGCGAUGGAUCAAGAACCCCAAGCACUUUGGAGAGGACUUCCAAGCGAAGCAGGAGGAGGUCCACGUGCUGGUGGUUCUCCCG